GGCGGUCCAUGAGUCUUUCCCGCCCCCAGUAUGUGUAAGCCCCGCCCACCUCUCAUUCUGUAGCUAGGCAGUGUGCACAUGCAGGACGCUCAGUGUGGUAGUAGUUGCAGAGGAGAGCGCUCCCCUGCCGCACUGUGUGUACUUGGCUGUGACUGGACCUGGAGUGCUGUAUUACUUCUCUCAAUGUGCUUGUGUGACAGGACUCUCCGUACACUGCACCAGGAUACUACAGACAUUGAAUGACCAAUUAAUGACUGAAACAUCCUGAAAUAGAGCAUUCCUUUAUCUGCCUAUGGCGAUGGAGCAGAAAGUCUGUAAGCUCGCUUAUGGGUGUCAGCGGAGCUCCACAUCAGAUGACGAUUCUGGUUGCGCUAUGGAGGAGUACACUUGGGUGCCACCAGGACUUCGUCCUGAGCAGGUUCAGUUAUAUUUUAGCUGUUUGCCAGAAGAAAAAGUCCCCUAUGUGAACAGUGUCGGCGAAAAGUAUCGCAUUAAGCAGCUCCUGUAUCAGCUCCCUCCACAUGACAAUGAGGUACGUUAUUGCCAGUCAUUAAGUGAAGAAGAGAAGAAGGAGCUGAUAUUGUUCAGUACCCAGCGUAAAAAGGAGGCCCUAGGGAGAGGCAAUAUUAAAAUCUUGUCAAGGGCUGUGAUGCAUGCCGCCUGUGAGCAGUGCGGUGAGAAGAUUAAUGGAGGUGAAAUAGCAAUUUUUGUUUCGAGGGCCGGUCCUGGGGUAUUCUGGCACCCAUCAUGUUUUGCCUGUUCCACGUGUAAUGAGCUACUGGUCGAUUUGAUAUACUUUUACCAAGAUGGAAAAAUACAUUGUGGCCGGCACCAUGCUGAACUACUUAAACCAAGAUGCUCAGCAUGUGAUGAGAUUAUAUUCGCUGAUGAGUGCACAGAGGCUGAAGGGCGUCACUGGCAUAUGAAACAUUUUUGUUGCUAUGAGUGCGAGACUGUGCUUGGAGGACAAAGAUACAUAAUGAAAGAUGGUCGUCCCUUUUGCUGUGGCUGCUUUGAAUCCCAUUAUGCGGAAUACUGUGAGGCCUGUGGAGAGCAUAUAGGUGUUGACCAUGCCCAGAUGACCUAUGAUGGCCAGCACUGGCAUGCAACAGAAAACUGCUUUUCUUGUGCACAGUGUAAAGUUUCUCUGCUUGGAUGCCCCUUUCUGCCAAAAAAGGGACGAAUCUAUUGCUCAAAGAACUGUAGUUUGGGAGAAGAUGUCCAUGCUUCUGAUUCUUCUGACUCAGCAUUUCAGUCUGCCAGAUCCAGAGAGUCCAGGAGAAGUGUAAGAAUGGGAAAGAGCAGCAGAUCUGCAGAUCAGUGUAGACAAUCACUCUUGCUGUCUCCAGCAUUAAAUUACAAGUUCCCAGGACUGUCUAGCAAUGCUGAUGAUACAUUGUCUCGUAAGAUGGAUGACCUCAGCUUAUCAAGGCAAGGUGCCAGUUUUGAUAAUAAUGACUUUUGGAAAGGAAGGGAUGAGCAGGAGACUCCUGAGGAUCAUGAAGAAUGGGCUGAGCAUGACGACUACAUGACUCAAUUACUUAUAAAAUUUGGCGAGAAAGGACUCUUUCGGCAGCCUGCUGAAGAUAGUCGAUCUAGCGAACAGUGGAUGUCAGAAAAUGUCAAAACCUGUAGUGACUUAAAAAGAAGUGAACGAAAUCAGAGUUUGGCAAGUAAAAAGUAUCAGACUGAUAUGUACUGGGCACAGUCACAAGAUGGUCUUGGAGACUCUGCCUAUGGCAGCCACCCAGGGCCGGCAAGCAGUAGAAAGAUACAAGAGCUAGACUUGGAUCAUGCAACAUCUGGUUACAAACGUGAAAAGAUUCCAUGGUAUAAAGACUCUUUGGAAUGUUUGUCUGAUGAUAUAAAACCACCGCUGGACAACAUCUGUAACUCUAUGGAUUCAUUAGCAUUGUCCAAUAUAACAGGUGCUUCAAUUGAUGGGGAAAGUAAACCACGCCCUUCACACUUCUCUUAUCCAAAUUUUCAAGACUUGGACAUGAGGGAUUGUGAGAAAAUGAGCAACAUGGGAACCCUUAAUUCUUCUAUGCUGAACAGGAGUUCUGAAUCUUUGAAAAGUCUAAGCUUGGAAAUUUGCCAGGAAAAGCCACUUCCAGAGGAAAAACCUGUUCACAUGUCUGCCCUGAGAAGGUCAAAAUCACAGACAAAACCACAAGUCAAAUUUUCAGAUGACGUAAUUGAUAAUGGAGAUUAUGGCAGCAUUGAAAUCAGACAACCGCCAAUGAGUGAGAGAAGUCGGAGAAGAGUUUAUAAUUUUGAGGAACGUAGUGAGAGACCACGACAUCAUCAUCGGCGUAGGAAAAGCAGGAAAUCUCGCUCUGAAAAUGCACUUAAUCUUGCAGCAGACCAAAAAGUAUCUGGACGGGAGAAACCUAGAUGUUACACGUCAGAGGAUUAUGACCGAGUCUUUCAGAACAAAUCCCCUCAAGAGCUGCAGGCUUACAUCCAAAACAGUGAACUUUUUGGACAGUAUGCAAAUGCUGCCUCAGACUAUGGAUUGCAAAGCCAAAUUAUGGAUAAGUUUUUUGGUCUUUAUGGUGAAGAUGAUGACUCUUGGUGUUCAACGUGCUCCUCAUCGUCCUCUGACUCAGAAGAGGAGGGAUAUUUUCUUGGACAACCUAUUCCUCAGCCACGGCCACAAAGAUAUCAGUAUUUUGCAAAUGACUUGCCUAGUCCCACAUCUGCACUAUCCAGUAGUCACUUUGGCCAAAGGACCACUAAAUCCAAAAAGAAAGGCCAAAAAGGCAAAAAUUGUAUUAUUUCCUAAGACUUUUAGGCAUAUUUAGUUUAAUUCCUGUGAAGACAAUGUACUGACAUUCUUAAUCCACAGAGACUGUUUCCUUUUUAUAGCUCUGCUAUUUCUAAAAUGUCUUCUUUUUAAUGCUUUGCCAUUUGUACCAAAACAGGCCGGCUGGUGUUUGCAAUGUGUAAUUGCUAUUGAAGAUUUUGUGUGUAGCAGAUUAUUUACUUAGAUGAUCACAGGUUUACAGUUCAGGUUUGCUUUGUUUUAUUGCUUUGCACACAAUACUAAAGUUAGAAUUUAGACAGUGCACCAUAUGCUUAGCAUCCAUUAGUAUAGAUGCAUCAGACUUGCUAACACUAUGCUCUGGAACCCACUUAUAAAGGAUUGCUUCCAUCUGUAGUUUACAAGGGUCAUUUACUUUUGAAUAUGAUAUAUUUUCAUAUGAAUAAGGCUUGUUUGCUCCUAACAGUUUGCAUUUCGCACUCCUAAAUCGUAGAUGUGUGUAUGUAUAAUUAUGCAAUGAGCUCUUUUGUUCCAGGGGAUUCACACUGAUCCAUACAGGCAGAACCAGAUUUUCUCAUUUGCAAGCAUUGUCUGAAACAUUGUAAACCACGCUAAGUGUAGAAUAUUUAGCUGCAAGUUAUUUAUAAUGAUGUUUUUUUUAAACAAAUUUAGCCCUAAUUUAACUGUGCAUAUAAUAAGUGUAUAUAUUGUAUAUGUCAAAUGUAGUACAUGUUAUUUUUUAUAUUAAUUUUCUGCAAGGUUUUAUUGAAUUGAGGUCCAACAGAAGAGUUUUGGUUUGCGUUUGCUUUCUCUAUAUGUUCUUUCAAUUACAAAAGGUUUAGAAAACAAACCCAUCAGUAUUUAGUAACAAUGUUUCUUUAUAUUACCACCCCCAAUCCUGAGGUAUUUGGAAUUAUACAUGGCACUGCAGUGGUGUACAUUCUUUUACACCUACGUAUCCGAAGUUUUAUUUAUAUCAGACUAGCAGAGAAAAAAAAAUUGUUGAAACAGCAAUAGUUUGUCUCGGAUGUGUGUUUUAGAUACUAUGAAUCACUUGUUUGAUAUUUCUAAAAGACUGACACAUUUUGUGAAUAAAAAAUAGAACAUCCAGUAUUGUUUCCUUUUUUUUUGUUUUUUAUUUAUUAUAUUGGCGCUCAGAAAAUUCAAAUUUCACUACAAAUGAUUCCUAUCCCCAAACCCUGUUCCACACCAGCUUUUAGGAAAUGCACAUUUACCUUAUAUACUCGAGUAUAAGCCGACCCGAAUAUAAGCCGAGGCCCCUAAUUUUACCCCAAA